GUCAGGGUUUGUAAAAAAUACCUGCUGGAUAAACGUCUAUUAGUGUGUUUUGGUAUUGUUUUAAGAUGCAAUUAGCAUAAAUAAGUCGUAGUUUAUAAUUACAAUGAACGUUGAUUGGUUAUUUAAAAGAUGUUCAAUAGCAUUCGUCAAGGAUUUGAGUUCAGCUGUUCAUUAUAAAGAGACUAAAAUCAAAUCUUUCCAUAAGUUAAAUGGAUUUCGGAUUAUUAUUUUGUUGAACGACUUGUGAAAUUUAAAAGAUUUUAUGUUAUUGAACAAUUGGGGAACUACUUGCCAAGUGUAUGAAGAAUUACAGUAACUGUUGUGAAAUUUCUUAAAAAAAAAAUAAUGUGAGAAUCAAACUAUGUAAUACAAAAUGUAGGAAAUAUUUAUUUAUUGUGUACAUUUCAAGCGGGCGCAAAGGGCAAAGAAAUAAACCAUAAACCCUAUUAGAGUAACUGGCCAAAACGUGAACAAGCCCACCGAUACUAUGGAGGGUAAGGGGCGACCGGAUGUUGAGCGGCAGGGGCUUCCGGAAAACCCGCCAUGGACGAUGUUCUUUGACGGACCACUCUACCAGAAAUACAAUGAGUUUAUGAAGCACAAGGAUUUUUCAGAGAUCCUCUUACACACAAAACUACGGAUGGCCAACAUGGCGGACACACCACCGGAAGUUGAUGAUGGUUUCCAUCACGUGACCGGAAAUGAGGAAUACCUCUGGGAGCACGCCGGAGAACCAGAUACGCUGGAACAUAGUUUGAAAUCCUUACCGGAAGCUGACCAGGUCACGUGGCACAAGGAGCAGAAACGUCGCAAGCGACGUACACGUGCGUUCAUCUGGAUCACGAUCAUCAUCAUGGCGGCGCUUGCUUUAGGAACGGCGCUUGUCAUACACUACUUCUUCAUACCCGCUCACGAAGAUCCAAAAGACCAUCUUAACAUUUCCAUCAGCAAUGGGUCCAUUCUAGAAGGUCCAGAGGAUGUGACCCAAAGGCUAACGGCAGACGAUAAUAUCAAGUUGGAUGACGUCAUCGCGGUUAUUGAACAGGAAGUAGACAACAUGCGCGAAAAAUCACAUCACAAAGAUCACGUGCUAAAAACAAACAACAAAAUCCUCGAGAAUGUGCUUAUAAACACAACAGCAUCAACAACAACGGUCACACAAACUAAGCAGCAGGCUAAAACUGAAACGACCACAUUCACUACAGAGCAGACAACAGUUCCGCGCCAACCAGAAACUUCAACGGAACCACAUACGACACUAGCAGACUUUACAACGUUUAUACCAACUGCGUCUAUAAACCCUCUGUAUUAUUUCGGCUUAGAUCUUGAUAUUAGUACCCGUCCUGUAUCUUCAUCGAGUGUUACUUCUGCAGCAUAUUUGGAUAAACGAAAAGCAACAACACAGUCCAUCACUCAAUCUGACAAAGAAUUAAUUGACAACGCCAACGUAAGUACUCACAUAACACAUGAAGUAUCUUCGAUUGCAUCAACAACUUCAAUGGAUUUAAUAACAAAACACUCUGCUAAACAGACAGCAAAACUAGUGAAGAAUAGCACAGAUCCUGCAUAUGAGUCUACAACAUACAUAACUUCGACAGAAAGUGUCAUUUCCAAAGACACCAACACUACCCUUCAUAAAUAUUCAACAGCAUUGGAAGCUACAGUGACAAGUGCGCUCAUAGUUACUGCAAACAUCACAGCUCCAACUACCAAUCCAUUCUUUUUUGACAAUCUUACAACACAAGAGCAACAACAAACGACCGGUGCGGACAAAAUAGCUGAUACCGAACUAACCCAGCCAUUUGCCCCUCAGAAUUCAGAAACGACCACGCCAACUCUUUCCAGAGCCACCAUGGCUGACCAUAAGAUUUCAAAAACGACCACGCCAAUGCCCUCCAAUAAAACUACGUCAGACCCUCUGAUUUCAGAAACAACAACGCCAAUGCUCACCAACACCACUACGUCAGACCCUCAGAUUUCAGAAACAAGCACGCCAAUGCUAACCAACACCACUAUGUCAGACCCUCAGACUUCAGAAACAACCAAGCCAAUGCUCUCCAAUACAACCAUGUCUGACCCUCAGAUUUCAGAAACAACCACGUCAAUGCCCUCCAACACCACUAUGUCAGACCCUCAGAUUUCAGAAACAACCACGCCAAUGCUCUCCAAUACAACUAUGUCUGACCCUCAGAUUUCAGAAUCAACCACGCCAAUGUUCUUCAAUACAACUAUGUCAGACCCUCAGAUUUCAGAAACAACCACGUCAAUGCCCUCCAAUACCACUAUGUCAGACCCUCAGAUUUCAGAAACAAGUACGCCAAUGCCCUCCAAUACCACUAUGUCAGACCCUCAGAUUUCAGAAACAACCACGCCAAUGCCCUCCAAUACCACUAUGUCAGACCCUCAGAUUUCAGAAACAAGCACGUCAAUGCCCUCCAAUACAUCUAUGUCAGACCCUCAUAUUUCAAAAACAACCACGCCAAUGCGCUCCAUGAUGUCUGGUACAAACGCAAGUGUUUCCUCUACUACUACUGAAAUGGCUUCAUCUGCAACUGAGCCUAUGUCAGCAGUAACUAGUACAGUAACCGAACCAUCUGUCACUACGUCACAGCCUAGUGUAGAACAAACAAGCGUUCAUGUUGAAUCGACAGUGACUGAAAAACUGAUAGCGACCACUGCUGUUAAAACAGGUGAAACUCGUAUUACCAUGUCAGAAAAGGUAACAAAUGCAACUGAAGUUUCUGUAAAGGAAACAAGUGUAGCGAGCAGUGUCGCUGAAAGUGUAGGACAAACAAACUCUAACACGGACAGUACUGUGACUGAGCUAAGGGUAACAACCGAAACAAGCACAGUAGAUAUAAAUGAAAGACAUGCUGAAAUAAGCACGGGUAGAACUGUGACUUUUGUGGAAGUAACUAGUGAACAAAGUGAACCUUCAACUGAUAUUACCUCAACAGAAAUGUUACAAACUACAACCAUGACGUUACCUGAGAACUAUAAUACAGCCAAUAUACAUGACGAAACGUCAUACACGCAUGAAACUGCCAUUAUUACGUGUAACGUGGAACAUGCAAUUCAGUGGACGUCACUGAAAAUUGAAGAAAAAGACACUUUCAGACCUUUGACGGUGACGUUGCAGCCAUCCGGCUCAAUAACGUGGAAUGGGAAAACGUCCCGACAGGACGCCAUGUAUAAUGUAACGUCAAGCGAAGAUGGACUUGGCGACAACGUAACGUUACAGCUUGUGAUACAUGACGUCCAGUGCAGAGACGGGCGCAGAUUCGAAUGUUUCCCUAGUUCUAACCUACAGAAUAGACGGGACAGUGCCAUGCUGAUAGUAGUAGCGAGACCUUCCAAGCAGGUGGUGCUGCGGCUGGGGCCGUCCGUGGUGGAGAACCGGGCGCUCAGAGUGACGGCUUCAUGGCAGGCGGGAUAUCCGGUGCCAUGGGCAAACAUCUCCUGGACCGCGACAGAUGCCAAAAAUAACACGUACAAUUUAGAGAAGUAUGGCAAGUUCCGGGACUAUAAUCUGGAUGUAGACGACCGGCGAUGUCAGACAACCCUCACGACCUCGAUCGUGAUCUUCCCGAAGGUGCACCUGAACGCCACGGUGGUGAGCGUGUCCCCUGACAUGCACCGGAAGCGCGCCUUCCUGGAAGCCGACAUGACGCGCUACCUGGAGACGGUCCGUCCCGGGGUGGACACCAUACUCGUCAUUCCGCUUAACUAUUGUGCGGGCCGAAAGAAGCUUGAGAGCAUCCCACACCCAUACACCAAGUGCGGGAAGUAUGUCCGCUGUCUACCCGGGGAUCUCGUGGUCCAGCCCUGUCCCACUGGCACGUGCUUUAGAAAGGCCCGAGGCGAGUGCAGUUGACCGCAUAGAAAUGACGUCAUAUCACAACGUCAUCUUGACGCCUAUGAUGUGAAUGCUGUUCAAUGGUGUCAACGUUUAUUUGCUCAAAUAUAACUGAUGAGAUCGAUAUAUGUUACAACGUCAUAAUUUAUGCUAUCUGAAAGAGUUUAGAGUUUGUUCGCGAACAAUUUGUUCUUGAAAUAUCUGCUCAAUCUCCGAACGCAUGGAUAGCAGUACUUUUAAUGGGGCACAAUAUCAGUUGAGAAAAAAUAUAGAUUUUAAUGCAUUUUUAUCUUUAACUCAUGUGACUUUGAUAAUCAAAACAAAAUAAAUUAUUUGUGUAAAGUUAAAAAACAUAUAUUAGCCUUUAUUAUUUGAGUUUUCAAUAGCUCCGUGGCCACAAAUUCCCACGUUAAAAGGCGCCAAAAUAUCGCUUAUAUUUUUUAUCUGUACACAAAUCAAAGAUGUUUUUUUUUAUUAUUAUUAAAGUCAAAUUAGUCAAACAUAAGCAUGUAUCAAAAAUGCAUCAAACUAUAUAUUGCCCCUUAAAUGUUUGAAAUGUUUUCAUGUUUGCUCAUACAGUAUUUCACAUUUUAUAUAUAAAUAUCAGCGUUGUUGGUGAACGUUGAACUGUUUCAUUAUUUCAUUGUUAUAACCUGUUCUUUGAGCGCAUACUAAUGUAUUGUAAUGCAUUUGCAUAAUACUGAAAUUUGUGGCGACAAUUCUGACUUAACUUUCUGACCUACUUUCCGACUUUCGUUAUGAAAUGCAAGGUAGCUUGCCACAGUGGUCGAAGUUUGCACAAGCCCACAAGCUCUGCGCUUGGAAAUUGUUUUCACGGCUUGUUUAAAACUAAAUCAGGACUGAUCAACUUUUAUGACAUACUUGUAUAGAAAGGUAAGAAUUAGGUCUUGUUCAUUCCAAAGUCUGUUUUCAAUGACUGUAUGCCUGGAAGCUCCUUGAAGGUACAAAGUUUGAAAACGGGGAUUCUUUAGAACCUAGUUAUUGCAAUUUGUAUGCAGAUUAUUAUUUUCCCAGACGAAUCAUACACCAUUUGAUUUUUUUUUUGUAAUUGUUUUAAUACUGAUCGUUCAGACAGUGAAAUGUCAUGUUAACUUGCUAAAUCAAUCAUGAUAGCACAUUGAGCAGUUAAUAAUUAACUUUUACAUGCCAAGUUAAAUGUUAACGAUAUUUAUUUUUUUAUAAAUUUUAUAUUACAAAGAUUAAUCAAUCUGUUUCACAGUUCUGUUCAUGUCAACUUUGUUUCAAAAAUGUUGCUCAUAUAAAGAUGUU